UUGGUUGCGCGUGACAGCCGGUUCCGUCGUGGGGGUUAGGCAAGUCCCCUUCGGGCCAUCAACUCCCAGUGGGGUUACGGACGGGUUCAAUUUACUUCACGUCCUACGUGAUCCUGAUUUCCAGCUAAAAGACAUGAAUCCGUCACCGUGUUUAUUGAUUCAGCAGCUGCAUGUGCUGACACGUGACGAGUGACUUCCUUGUCUUCCAGACAGCGCAUGUUGUGCAGACAACCUUAAAAGUUCGAGCGUGGGAUGAGAGAGCCUCAAACCACAGAGCAAGGAACAGUGCGGAAGUCAAACUAGAGCACAACAGGGCUGGUCUCGUCACAGGAGCUUUGAAGUUUUGAGCUGAGGAUUUUACAAUGACGUCACUUAUGACGUUUAAACUUGGUUGCGUUCCGGCGUUUUUCAUAUGCUGGUUCUGGUUAGCGCAUGCGCACAAUGACGUAUUGUCAUCGGACUACUUCAGUUCCUCUUCCUCCGAUGACUACGGAGUAGUCAUAGAGCCUUCGGACGUUUACAAGGACAUUGAAACGUCAUCUGAACCGUCAUCGUCUUCAUCUUCAGAUUCUUCAUCGGCUUACGAAGCGAUGGCUCCUGAAGACCCGCCCGACCUCCCCUCUGAACCGUCAGACGAGUCUUCGAUGAGCAGUUCCUCAUCAAUUUCCGCGACCGUAGAUGUUGCCCCUUGCGUGACGCCACCAUGCGUUGUCGUCGACGAACCAUGGAGUGUUAGCAGUAGCUCGUACUCGUCAUCGUCGUCCGAUGUUGACUUAUCUGAGGUGGAAGAUAUAUCAGUAGAUCCUGGGGAUCCAAGCUACGUACCGCCACACGAAAUCGAAUCCUCUAGCACCGAUAAUCCUCAAAAGUUGGGGAGGAAAGUCACCAAUUCUGAAAGUGGACAGGGGCAACGGAAGAGAGGGCCGUCGUCUAUCGGUGCCCCACUCGCUGACAGUAACAGCAAGAGGAUGCCCGGCCGGCCUCCAGCCGUGUUCAGAGGUCUACCCCAGCCAGACGUCGGCAGGCGUUUGGGUGGACCCCCUUCGAUACAGAGACUGGAGGAGUUGAGAGAUGCCGACAGGAAAUACCUGGACUUGUACCUGUGCGGCCAGUUUCUUAAGGGAUCUGCCGACGCAAGCGCCGAGGAUUUUGCUGUGGUCAGUUUUAACUACGCCGGUCGCACUCAGCCGUUUUCGCCAUGCUCGGAGCUUGGCUCUACUACAGAGACGGUCAAUUACAUCUACCGCACGGCAAGCGGGGGCUUGAGUGCCCUCCAGCAAGUUGUAAACGAUCUACCGACAACUUGGCAGAGGUAUGUAUCAGAGAAGGGCUCUGCUCCCCGGGUCGUGCACAUUUUUACCGUCAACAUGCCGUCGUCCUCCGUGGUUGAUGAUGUGUCAAACCUCCUUCAGCUCCGACGCUCUGCGACGUACCGAUCAGCUCGCUUCGUUCUCGGCUACUUGAACCAGCCAACCGCCGCGGACCUCUCCAAUUCGGCCCGAGAAUUUCUCAACUUGCUGAGUGACCUAAACAGAGCCAGGAUUGACACGGUCCGAGUGUGCGGCCGAUGUGCCAAGGCUGCUGGCUACCCUGCCGGCGGCCGAAGGCGCAAGAACAUGCAGUACGGAAUUUCGGUUGUUUCCGCGACAUCAACGGACGUCCAGUGUUUGGCCCUUCAAGAACAUCUUGUUCCAGGCGCUUAUUUCUCCACAAACACGUGCGACAGCUUUCAGAAGGCGAUCGUGCGGUGCUUCCUGCGCGGUAUCGCACGCCGCUGCCGAGAAGCCGAUACCGGGACUGAUUUUAUCGGAGUCGAUACUGAUGAGACAGGUUUUCUUGAAGUUGUCAACGGGCUUACGCAGACGUGUGGAGUGGACAGUGACUGUUGGCGAAAAGAAGGAGAAUCGAUUCGUGAUGACAUCGCACUGAAAUCCCAGAUGAAGUGCCAAAUGCCAGAGGUUGCUGUGAGUAAGAUGUUCGGACGGUGUGCAGCAACCGCGGUUAGCUUUCCCUUCGACAUCCAGAUAAUACAGAGACCCGGUUUUUAAAUGACGUUAUGCGACAAAAUAGUCUCCUUCCUUUUUGAGGUCCGUUAACUGAAGGGGUUUGAUUACAUGCAUUUGAGGCAACUUUGAUGGAACUUGUUAUAGCUCAAAUCCAUCCGAAGACAUUAAACCUGAAAAGAGAGUUCCAAGAUCUCAGUAUUCCAGGCAAAAAGCAUACAAAAAGGGACGCUGGUCUUCAGUCAUUACUGUCUUGCACUCGUGAGUUGAUUUGUUUUACAUAGAAGAGAUAAAAUCAAUAUGGUUUCAAUUGUAUCUUUUCAAGUUUUCUGAAACCACACCUCCCUCGGAAAGAUUCCAAAUUUUUGUAAAUAAAUAUUUUAUUGGCCUCUUAAAACAGAGACUUGUUUUUUAUUAGGUGAUAUUAAUUUCUUAAAAUACAGAACAGUUUAAGAAUUUGUUCUAGUACUGUUUCAAAUAGUGUGAGUACCAAAUGUUACAGAAAUGCGCCGUGCUAAUGUGCAAAUUAUGUUUAGCUCUGAAGCAAAGUAAAGUCUCACUUGUAAAGUUAUUAUGCGAAAUGCUUUGAUGCUGUAACUUCUGCAAAAGAUAAUUAUGUAGGAAAGUACAAUAAAAAUAAACUUGCUUCAAUAAAGUUUACCAAACUUGCUUGCCUUAGUAUGGCACUCUAAUUCCUAUUCUAUUUAUGCUAGUUUACCUCACCGAUGAGACAAACUUCAUGUAGGGCGCACUCUUUUCAACUUGAUGCGGGAGUUUAAACUAGGUUUGAUCCCCCAAAAAUUGUCGAGUAACUUGGGCAUUGCUGAGUGUUGAAACAAGUCAUCACCGAAUUUUGUGACGAGUUGAUCGAGUUAUUUCAAGACGAUGGUGCGAACCGAGUUAUUAUAAGUCUCACAAGCCACAGGUUACGUACAGUCAAUCCGACUCACUAAUAGUUGCGGGGCCAGACUCGGGGGGGGGGUGUUUAGGAGGGGACAAAAAUUGUGAUUUGCAAAAUCUAAAAAGUUAACCUGCAUGUGCCAGGGAUUCAAGAGCAGACUCUGGGAUGCCUCAUGUCCCCCAUAGCGGCUACCACCGUGUCUCAUUGAUGUCUGAAGCCUGGUUUAAUAAAUACAAGAGGGACAGAAACUGGGUUGGGAUUAGUUGUCGAUAGAAUGAAUAAUGGAACACCUUUAAAGCGCCGAAAAGAUUAUCAGCGAAGGCCCAGAGAUUUGAAAUAAGCUCUGUGAGUAGAAUGUUUCAGUACAAAAGCUCAACAACACAGUCAGCCACAACAGGUGGAAUUUGGGUUUAAUGUCUGGCUUGACUUAUAUUUUUGAAAGCAGGACACAAAAUUUAGCCCGAGUUCUAUCUGGAGCUUGAAAAAUCAUUGGAAUGCAGCACUGAUAGGCCUGUGCGUUUUAAUGGUUCCGCCACAAUGGUGCGUUGAGGGGGCUGGGGUAAAUUAAACAAAAAGGCAUUAGGGACUUUGUAUCCACCAUUCUUGGUGAAAGUAUGGAGGAAGGGAAAGAUACAUGUAGGUAUUGCCCGACCCAGUGCGAGCUUAGAUCCCCACCAGAAAGAUCAUGGGACGUUCUUCCAAGGACAAGCGGGACAUUUAUUAUCGUCUGGCGAAGGAAGAAGGCUGGAGGGCACGCAGUGCCUUCAAACUGCUACAGAUCAAUGAGGAAUUUGACAUCUUCAAAGGUGUGAGCAAGGCAGUGGAUCUGUGCGCUGCACCAGGCAGCUGGAGUCAAGUUCUCAGUAGAAAACUAAGACACAGCGAGGCUGACAAGUCAAAGGUCAAGAUAGUGGCAGUUGAUUUACAGGCCAUGGCCCCACUGCCAGGGGUCAUCCAACUCCAGGGUGACAUCACGAAGGAGUCCACAGCCAAGGAAAUAAUCAGUCAGUUUGAGGGUGAGCAGGCAGACCUGGUGGUGUGUGACGGGGCACCAGACGUAACUGGCUUGCAUGACAUAGAUGAAUAUAUACAAGCACAGCUAUUGCUUGCGGCUCUGAACAUCACAACUCAUGUUCUGAAGCCAGGGGGGACAUUUGUAGCGAAGAUAUUCCGAGGCAAAGACGUCACUCUCCUCUAUUCACAACUCAAGAUCUUCUUUCCUAAUGUGACUGUCGCCAAGCCUAGAAGCAGCAGAAAUUCCAGCAUUGAAGCGUUUGUUGUGUGUCAGGGUUAUGCACCACCUGUUGGCUACAAACCGAACAUGUCGAAUCCUCUUCUGGAUCAGCAUUAUGAUGUUGAUUUCAACAGUCUAGAAGGCCCAAACCGAGUCAUUGUUCCAUUCCUUGCCUGCGGGGAUCUCAGUGCUUACGACUCAGAUAAGACAUACCCUCUUGAGCUGGAACCAGGUGCCGGCUACAACUAUCAUCCUCCCACCCAGUCGCCCAUAGAUCCGCCCUACAAGGAGGCUUGCUACCUCAAGAAGAAUGACCUAUUGUCCAAACCAGAAACUGCCGGAUCCAGCAAGACCCAACCGGCUAGAACCGGUCCAACUGACACAGGCUGGCCAGAGACAUCCAGUCAAUCAGACUCUAGCCCCAGGACAGAAUCAGAAGAACUCAGUGAACGAUUCCAGGAGUGUGAAAUUCAGGACUAGCAAGAUGAGGCAAGUGGCUCUGGAAACAAGCUAGUAAAUUUUUAGAAAAGAAGUAUCCACAAAAUCUCUGAGCAGUUGAAAAAUUGGUUGAUGUACAAAGAGACGAAAUGUCUCUUCACAACUUCCAUGAUCUUUCCCCCUCGCCCGAAGUUCUGUAAUUUCACCAGAAGAUUUUUAGGCUUUUCUGUUAGUUUCAUUAGCUUCUUGUAUGGUCUUCUAUGGCCUCACAUGCUCUAAUAGGAUCAAAUAAUGUGCCGAAAAAUUGAGGUUGGUGAUGGGCUUUCACUGACCAAAUAUGUACUUGAGCACAGAUGAGAAUAGUAUUGAUAAUGCAAAGUCGUGUUCAUAACAAGGAACAUCCUCGCUCACAAGUUUUUGUUCUCUGGUUUCCAUUACUGACAAUACAAGGUACCUGUUAUAACAAAGUGAUUUCUCAAGGACCUUGUUAAAACAGUGUUCUACUGUGUUUUUGUUUUGUGUAAAUACCGAGGUAACAUGGAGAAUUCCUCCAAACCGUUUAGUACACUGAAGCUCACUUUCUUGGCAAUGCUUGUAGAAUGACAAAAAAGUUCAAGAAUUUUUCAGGGUAGAGCGACUUUUCCAACAUGAAUGAAAACGGUGAAAAUACCGAUGUUUCCAUUUCUGAUAUCCUGGCUUCAUUUUCUUUUACUCAAAUAAAAUAGUGUAACCACUAACACAAAUCACGUUCAAUAUUUCAGACAUAAAAAAAUUAUUGAACUAUUUCAAAUCUUUGAAAUCGAAUGAUCGUCUUCCUGUGUCUCACGUUCCACAGAAUAACUGGCAGGGGAAAAAAUGGGGUUGGAAUGUCUUGAUUUUCUGUUCUUUGAAAAAUUAAAAGUAACCCUUGAUAAAUUCAACACUUACUGGGGUCUUUCACUCGAAGUGACAGUCUGAUUUUUCUGUGCUUAUUAAAUGAGGAUACCCUUGAUCCCCAUUUUGGGGGCAAACUCUUAAAAGGGUUGCAUACAAACACUUUCCGAGGACAUGACACCAAGUGGUCAAACAAUUGUUCACUGUCUUUCUACAUCACUGCUGUAUACUUGAACUCCAGUAAUUCAUUCUGUGAGGCUAAUACUGAUGGUAAUAAAGCAAAUACAAAGUAACACUGCUGUAUGACUUUGCUUACAUUUUACAAAUACCACCUGAGAGAUUAAAGCUGCACAUAUUGGCAGUGUUAUAUACAUCUACAUAAAUCACUUUAAUCUUAACGAGUUGUAGUAAAGCCAUAUUUGCAAUAUCUUCUAAUCCAUUACUGUACAAAUUAAAUACAUGUACUUCCAAAUGUGUUAUAAAA